AGCGAGUUGGUGCUGCUGUGGAUGAUUCUGCAUCUGAGUGGAGGAGAGGGAGAGUGACUUGAACUUCCUGUGCAAUCUCUUCUCUUCACCCGUUUACAGAUACAAAGCGGGGAGAAUUUUCUGAGCGGCGAGAGUGGAGUGUUCAGCUUUCAGAAAAGUGCCCCGUGCAGUAGCUGUAAAUACGUAUUGUUAACAUCGAGAGAAGAAGCCUAUAUCCUCCCACCUCCCUCGGCGAUCAGCUCACUGGAACAGCGGCUGACUCGACUCUCCAUCGCCUCAGGAAGCGUCUGUGGAACUGGUCAUGGUCUGUGGUAUAGCACGGGCCUUGAAGAUCUGCGUUACAUCAGAAAAACAACUAUCAUUGUGGGAUUUAGGUGCUUGAGUUCUAGAAAACCGACAAACGGUUUUUGUGGCGCACUAUUUCACGAAAUUUGCUUGAUCUGAUCUCCAGAGGAGAGUGGAUGUGCCAUCCAAGCUGACCGAGAUAUGGCUGUUCUAAAACUCGUCGAUCAGCCUCCACUCAUCCAGGCAAUCUUCAAUGGAGACCCUGAAGAGAUUCGUAUGCUCAUCUACAAAUCGGAGGAUAUCAACGCUCUGGAUGCCGAGAAACGCACCCCACUUCACGCCGCAGCCUUUCUAGGAGACGCCGAGAUCACCGAGCUCCUCAUCCUCUCAGGGGCGCGGGUCAACGCCAAAGACAACAUGUGGCUCACGCCUCUCCACCGCGCCGUGGCUUCCCGUAGCGAGGAGGCGGUCCGCGUGUUGAUCCGUCACUCUGCGGACGUGAACGCCCGGGAUAAGAACUGGCAGACGCCGCUGCACGUGGCGGCCGCCAACAACGGCCUGCGCUGCGCCGAGGUCAUCAUCCCGCUGCUGAGCAGCGUGAACGUGUCGGACCGCGGCGGGCGCACCGCCCUGCACCACGCCGCCCUCAACGGACACACGGAGAUGGUCAGUCUCCUCCUGGAUAAGGGAGCCAACAUCAACGCCUUCGAUAAGAAAGAUGGCAGAGCUCUCCACUGGGCUGCGUUCAUGGGCCACCUGGAUGUAGUGUCGCUGCUGGUCAACCAAGGGGCAGAGAUCAGCUGUAAGGACAAGCGGGGCUACACCCCUCUCCAUACGGCCGCUUCCAGCGGGCAGAUCGCCGUGGUCAAACACCUGCUCAAUCUGGCUGUUGAGAUCGACGAGGCCAACGCGUUUGGGAACACGGCGCUCCACGUGGCGUGUUUCAACGGCCAGGACGCGGUCGUGAGCGAGCUGAUCGACUACGGCGCCAACGUGAGCCAGCCCAACAACAAAGGGUUCACCCCGCUGCACUUUGCGGCAGCCUCCACACAUGGAGCCCUCUGUCUGGAGUUCCUGGUUAACAACGGAGCGGACGUCAACGUGCAGAGUCGGGACGGGAAGAGCCCGCUCCACAUGACGGCGGUCCAUGGACGCUUCACCCGUUCCCAAACGCUCAUUCAGAACGGCGGAGAGAUUGACUGUGUGGACAAGGAUGGGAACACACCCCUCCACAUCGCUGCCCGCUACGGUCAUGAACUCCUCAUCAACACACUCAUCACCAGCGGCGCAGACUGUACAAGGCGAGGAGUCCAUGGCAUGUUCCCUCUGCACCUGGCUGCCCUGAAUGCACACGCCGACUGCUGCCGCAAACUGCUCUCCUCAGGUCGGAGGUAUAGCGUAAUGUGCCCCCACCUCAGUAACGACUCGGUCCUGUGUGCAGGCUUCCAGAUCGACACCCCUGACACCCUGGGCAGGACCUGCCUGCACGCUGCCGCCGCUGGAGGGAAUGUGGAGUGUGUGAAGUUGCUCCUGAGUAGCGGUGGAGAUCACAACAGGAGGGAUAAGUGGGGCAGGACCCCUCUUCACUAUGCUGCAGCCAGUCGUCACUAUCAGUGCCUGGAGACUCUGGUGUCGUGUGGAACCUGCAUUAAUGCCACCGACCAGUGGGGGCGCUCUGCUCUGCACUACGCUGCUGCGUCUGACCUCGACAGGAGGCGUCGUGUUGCUCUGGAGCCAGAGAGUGAUGGAGUCCAGGCAGAGAAGGAGAAGGAGGCAGCCUUGUGUUUGGAGUUCCUGUUACUAAGUGGCGCGACUGCUUCCUUAAAAGACAAGCAGGGAUACAGCCCUGUUCACUAUGCUGCAGCCUAUGGCCAUAGGCACUGCCUGGAACUGCUGUUGGAUCGAGACGAGAGUCACCAGGAAGACGCUGACUCCAGCAGUGCCAGGAGUCCUCUCCACUUAGCUGCUUACCACGGCCACGCCCAGGCGCUGGAGGUGCUGCUGCAGGGGGAGAGGGAGGUGGACCAGGGGGACGAGGCCGGCAGGACCCCCCUGGCCCUGGCAGCUCUCAGGGGCCACACGGACUGCGUCCACACUCUGCUCAGCCAGGGGGCGUCGCCAAGGAGCACGGACAGUAACCACGGGCGCACCGCCGUGCAUCUGGCAGUGAUGAAUGGACACACGUCGUGUGUACGCCUCCUGCUGGACGACUCGGACAGCGCAGACCUGGUGGAGGCAGCUGACUCUCAGGGACAGACUCCCCUGAUGCUGGCUGUCGCCGGGGGUCAUGUGGAUGCUGUGUCCCUGCUGCUGGAGAGAGAGGCCAGCGUGGACACGGCCAACAGCCACGGCCUGACUGCCCUGCACCUAGGGUUGCUCUGCGGCCAGGAAGAAUGCGUCCAGUGUCUGUUGGAGCAGGAAGCUUCCGUGUUGCUCGGCGACGCCCGGGGCCGCACGUCGAUCCACCUGGCGGCGGCUCGGGGCUACGCCUCGUGGCUGAGCGAGCUGCUGAGCAUCGCCUGCUCCGAGCCCCCCCUGCCCCCCCUCCGGGACCUCCAGGGCUACACGCCUCUGCACUGGGCCUGCUACUACGGUCACGAGGGCUGCGUCGAGGUACUGCUGGAACAGAAAGGCUGUCGCUGUAUAGAUGGAAACCCCUUCACCCCCCUGCACUGUGCUGUAAUGAACGACCACGAGCCGUGCGCCUCUCUGCUCCUGGAGGCCAUGGGCUCGGACAUCGUCAGCUGUAAGGAUGCCAAAGACAGGACACCUCUCCACGCUGCAGCCUUCUCUGGCCAUGUGGACUGUGUCCAGCUCCUCCUGUCCCACGAUGCACCUGUAGAUACCGUUGACCGGUCAGGGCGCACUGCCUUGAUGAUGGCUGCCGAGAAGGGCGGAGUUGGGGCAGUCGAGCUGCUGUGGACCAGUGCCAAGGCCAAUCUGAGUCUGACAGACCACGAUGGUAACACGGCCCUCCACCUGGCCUGCAGUGCAGGGAAGGAGGACUGUGCGUUGUUCAUCCUGGAGAAACUGACCGACUCCGCCCUCAUAAGUGCCACAAACGCAGCGUUGCAGACUCCCCUCCACCUGGCGGCCCGGAGCGGACUGAAGCAGGCCGUUCAGGAGCUGCUGUCCCGGGGCGCCAGCGUCCAGAUGCUGGAUGAGAACGGUCUGACUCCUGCUCUGGCUUGCGCCCCUAGCAGGGAGGUGGCUGACUGUCUGGCUCUCAUUCUGGCUACCAUGAUGCCUUUCUGCUCCCCUUGCAGCUCUGGAGCCCCCUCCCCAGGCUCCCUGCUGAGACAGCUCCCCCGUGCGGGGAAGUCGUCCCGGGGGCCACGCAGCCCCAAGAACCCCUCGGGACCCUCCAGCGAGGGCACCACCGAGAACGACUCGGACUCUGAAACAUUUUGACCGCCAGCUGACGGACUUCCUUGUCGGCACCCUCACUCUCUACCCCCCCACCCCCCUGCCCUAAGUAGACACUUGUUCACCUCAUGGAUUGUAUGCCAGGUUUCAAAGAUUACAGUGUGAACCCAACUCCUCAUUGGUCAUACAUAACCCAGUGUUUUUAUUGUGUGUUGUGUGAGUGCAGACUUCAGGGAGCGGGGUAGAGAAUGAAGGAUGCAGUCUGAGGGCCUUAGCUCUGCACAUUCCCUCCCCCCUCCCAACGUCCCCCUGUUCGGCCUUUCUCCUCAGUGCUCACUCCUCCACAGGGGGAGCCUGCAUAAAGGACCUGUCUCUACAGAAGGAUGACUCUACUUGUGGGGUAUUGUCCAGACCCACCUCGGUACUAUGUCUCAGCAUGACUAAGAUGGCAUCUGAGACUUUUCUUAAAGCCAUUUUUUACUGUUUGUACAAAAAGAGGACCAGGAGGAAGAACAAUAGAGUUUAACCUUGUUUUAUUUUGAAAGAUUUUGGUUGACGUAACCAAAAAUAUUACUUAACAUAUGUUAUGUCCAUUCCUGUUGCUGGGUGUUCUUUCAAAGGUACAUAGGCCAAAGCUAAAAGCUGCCUGGUGACAAACUGAAGCAUAGAUCAGGAAGUAUCUAUACUAUCUCCAGAAACUGAGUUACAAAACAAAAAACACUUUUCCAUGAGUAAGAAUGGUUGUAUGGGUAUCUCUCUGUCUCUACGGGACAGAUACAUCUGAUGUAUUUCAAAUGUGAAGUUCUUGAGGUGAGCUUGAUUUCAUUUCCUUGCAUGCUUAGUUUGCACACGUAAGACUUUCAAUGUGGCUCCACUGCCUAACAAAAUCAAGCUCACCCUAACCGUAUCAUGUUUGAAUUGGUUAGCUGUUUUUACCCCAGUCUGCUGCCUGUUUUCACCUGUCCUGAUACAACAAAAAAAACAACUAUUAUGAUGUCUAAUAUUACCUGAGUUUCCACAUGAUUAUACAAGGUCAUAAGAAUGCCUAAGUAAGGGGCUUAGGAACUCUGUCAGUUGUAUGGUAUUUACUGAGAUGGUACAAAUACUGCCAGCACCUAUAAUGUAAAGUUAACACAGGGCCUUGACCACUCCCUUUCUCCUGAUCUCCCCUGCCCACGUCCCCCUACCGUUUGUCUACCUACCAACGAUGUGCCAGUCUCUCAAACUUGUCCAGUGCCUUGUUACAUGUCUUUGUAUUCACGAGUCAUCUGUUUUGUACAUUUACUUGGAAAAAAGUUGGAAAUAUUUCCUCUGUGCAAGGAAACAAACUUCCCUGUUUGUGUAUGUGUGUGAAGUGAGUGUUAUGGGGUUGAUUGGAGAUCAGAGUUGGUUCUUGUACACUGGGAGACUGUUCUGCUGUCUUAUCAAAUGUCGUACCGUAUAUCCCUGAGGAGAAAAACCUCACACCAAUCUGAUCUCUCUAGCGACAGUCAUAAAGCUGUGUGUGUGUUAAGGGGUGUUUGUGAGAGAAUGGGUCUAAUAUGUCUAAUGAAGUGAAGUUUUAAAAUCAGCUUUUGUACAUAUGGUUUUAGCAAAGCACAACGUUGUCUAAUAAUCUAUUACACAGAAAACCCAGAGCACCUCGCUUGGAGUCAACUCAAUCCUUUCAGGAAGCAAACGGAGGAAAGGCCUUUCUUUUUCUAGGAUUUGCAGUUAUUUAAUGGCAAAUAAAAGAUAUAUUAUUAAAAAAAAAUAUUCAAGCCUUUCUUAGACUGAAAUUGAGCUGGCCCCAACCAUGCUACGCACACACACCUAUGAAAAAAGCAGUGUUAGCUUGCCUGUAAUAUUUUCUGAAUUAAAGUUCAUGAGAUGCGUGAGACCAGAUCUGUCAGUAUUACUAAACCACCAGAGCACCACCAGUUGUGACAAUCUGUAUCGAUGUGUCAAAUGCUCAGACCAGUUCUUGAUGCAGUAUGUACAGCUGAGGGCUGUCAGCAACCCUUUGUUUUAUAUGAAUUGUACAAUUCUAGAAUAAAACAGUUUAAUUUAA